AUGGCUGGCUCUGAUGAUUCGGGAGUAGUACUCUCUGUUAGUGAUGGGCCAUCUGGAUCCAGCGAAGUCAGCGCAUCCGAAAAGACCCCUACUAUGUCGUCGGACAAUGCAGUCGAGUGUAGUGGCGAUGCGAAGCCUGUCACACUCGAAAACAGCCCUGCAUUACGGGCUAUAGAACCGAAGGACAAAGAACCCCAAACUUGGGAUGUCAACGCUGCGAUAGGUCGCACUACAGACAAAGAUGGGUCAUCGGCUACCUCGGAAGACAACUCAGAUCGGGACUCGGAUACCGAUAACGGAGAUUUGAGUGAGGGUACAGAUGUUGACGAGAUAUUGGAUUACAUCAAAAGCAAAUACGACGACGUCAACGUCAAGGAGCGUAUCAAGCUGGCACCGAAACGUAUAGCGCAGGUUCAUCAAUACUCAAGGAUUUUGGAAGAAAGGCUUGCGCUUCUUGAAAAAAGAGCCACGGCAUUCGAUAAGAAACUACGCAGGCUGGCGGACGGCGAUGACGAACUCCCUCCACCCCCUCCGCUCGACAAGACCGGGCUGCACCUGAAGCCUGAGUUGAAUCUCCAACUAUCAAAGGUCAUGAAGCCUGCAAAAACAAUGAAUGAUGAGAAGCCAAAAUCUGCCACUCAUCAAAUCGAUGUUUUUGUGGGAGAGCCAGAAGCAGAAAAGGUCGAAAGAUUCAGAGGACUGGUGACAAAAGCAAACGUUCUGGGAGACGAAGACGUAAAUGACAAGACGACGCCGUCUGAUGCGAUGAUUGAGCACUCAUCUAAAUCGUUCGAUGAAAGAAGGCUGGCGGAGGAAAUGGCCAAGAUCAGAAACAAUCACCUCCCGAAUCGGAUCAGGAUCAAUGGAGUCGCGAUACUGUACCUGUUUCGAAAGUUUAACAUGGGUGGCGAAGGUCGCAUGGAUGAUGUGAUACUACGACCUUUCAAGCCUCUUCUUCGAAACAAAGAAGAGAUAUUCAACAUCAUGUCAGAAGUAGAGUCAGCUUUGACCAGAAUUAUUACCCAACGCCCAGGCAAAAAGACAGAACAGAUGGCAAGUCCCAGAAAUCUCGACGAUUCCAAAGAUGCCGACGAGCCCAAAGACAUCAGCGACUCCAAGAGCGUCAACAAUUCCAAAGAGGCCGAAAACACGCAAGACUCGAAGGCGAUCAGCGACAAAGUCAAAAGAAAGCAGGCUCGCAAAGCUCGCAAAGCUUCUAAAAAAGCAAACCCGGUCGAUAUUGAGAACCAGCGCAAGUUUGAGGCACUGCAAAAUGGACCCGACGGCAUUACCGAAGAAGAGUGGGAUGUUGUUCUCAAACAACUUGAGCUUUUCGACGACAACAGUGGAUGCUGUGGGCGGAACAUGAAAGGAUGGCCAGCUCUCUCUGAGGUUAAGAAGUCUUUCGAGUGCAUCAAAGACCUUUUUCACACAUACUUGUUACCCGGCCAUGGGGAACUCCGGGAACGUAAGGCCAAAAAAGUGCGCUUCUGUGAUCUAUGGCACCUUUUCCAGACCGGAGACCUGAUAACCACGAAGCGAAUGGCCAAUCUGGAUGAGACAGAGACUCAAGAUCAGCUAGGGAUGAAGAUUCUCAUGACAUCUGGUGGUCGGAGAGUCAUUGCGCCCAAAGUGCCUGCUCCAGUUUACCCAUCUCCUGUCAAACUAUCCAACUCCAAGGACAAGAUCGAGCCCAUAAAUGGCAUAAAUCCCUUUUGCAUCCAUGCGUAUUACUUAGACUUCAACGGUUCGAGAUUGGUACCAAUACGACGGCAGAUUGUCAUUGCGCCAUACCUUGGAGAGCGCAACAUCCUGGAGCUAGAGGUUGUCCCGAUCAGCCAUUCUAGCAGUACAGCCGAAAUGUUACGAGAGCGAGGCAAGAAGUUCAUCGAAUCUGUACUGGCUUCUACUGCACUAUACGUGGAUUGUAGAGGUCUCGAGCUCCGUACUCGUGAGGAGAUUACCGACAGAGUCAUCGUUGAUAUGAAGGGUUAUCUCGGCAUCAAUCCCAGUGAGAUGCCAUCAUUCCAGGAGCCAGAAGAGCUUGACGUGUCGGAGACUAGCAAUUGCCCUCAAGGAAAAGAUUGCAACUACUCCUGCAUCUCCUGCUGGCAUCGGACCUCUGUUGUGCAUGAUCAAAUGACGGACCUCAAGACCUACCAAGCGUACGUUGAGGGUAAACCUGUGUUCAAUCCGCUGUCAGGAACGCCAAAUGCCGGUCUUAUAGAGCCUUCUGACUUCAUCAUCUGCCAUUACCGCGUCUUUGCCUAUAAGCUGCGUUCGCGCGAAUGGGUGCAUGUAAACGUCAAGGAUCUUGAAACCCCACAGAAGACCGACAAGAGCAGAGGGUUUGAGAAGCUGGUCCUGGCGAAGGACCACAAAGACGUUCUCGAGUCUCAGGUCCGAGAGCAUUUCCGUAAGAAAGACUCACAAGCUGCUGGGGGGAGUUCGGAAAAUGAUAUGGAUCUGGUUCGAGGCAAAGGACAAGGCCUCAUCAUCCUCCUUCACGGUGCCCCUGGAGUUGGCAAAACUGCUACAGCCGAAUGCAUUGCUGAUCAGAUGGAGAAGCCGCUCUACCCAAUUACAUGUGGUGAUCUCGGAAGCUCGGCAGACGAUGUCGAGAAGAACCUAAAGAAGCAUUUCACACUUGCUAGUCGAUGGGAUUGCGUCAUGUUACUCGACGAAGCAGAUGUCUUUCUCGCCAGAAGAAAGAUGGAGGACCUUCGGCGCAACAGCAUCGUGUCGGUGUUCCUCCGCAUGUUGGAGUACUAUAAAGGUCUACUGUUCCUGACUACGAAUCGAGUGGGGACUUUCGACGAGGCUUUCACGUCUCGGGUGCACAUCUCGCUGUUCUGUAAGUAUCCUGACUUCAACAAAAAGACGACACUCGCAGUGUGGCAAACCUUCAUUGACCAGACCGUGCACGUUCUGAAGAACAGUGGCCGUAGUCAUGUCACCAUCAAUGGAGAAGAGAUCAUGAAGUUUGCCAAGAAGCACUGGAAGGAGGGCAAAGACAGCAAGCGGGCACGCUGGAAUGGACGCCAGAUCCGAAACGCCUUCCACACCGCUGUAGCCAUGGCUGAGUUCCGCGCAAGAACUCAAAAGGAUGGUGCAGAAUACGAUGAGAGUAAGGAUGUCAAGAUCAGCGUGGGAAGAGAAGAAUUCGAAAAGAUUGCCAGCACCGCUAGAGAAUUUGAUAACUAUAUGACGGAGACGAUGGGUUCGACUUUCGAGGCUAAAGCCUCCAGGGAAGGUCUGAGGAAAGAGCAGAAGAAGGAAGAAGAGAAAGCGAAAAAGAACAAGAACAAGAAGCAAUCUAAGUCGAAGAAGGACAGCGACUCGAGCUCUUCAGAUAGUGAGAGUGAGGAUGACGAUGAUGGGAAGAAGAGAAAGAAGAAGAAGAAGCCUUCCAAGUCGAAGAAGCGAAGUGACUCAAGCUCAAGUAGCGAGAGUGAGGACAACGAUGACUCUGAUAGUGAUUAG